ACGUGACAACUCUGGACUUGACAGUCUUGUUUUGUGGCAUAAAAACUUGUUUGCGAAAGCAGCCGAAGAAAAAAUGUGUGUUUCUGGUGUAUAAUACUGGUUGGAUUGCCGAAAACUAUUUAAAUACAUUAAUCCGGUGUGUGUUUGCUUGUCUUAUUUAUUAAAUACGCCGUGGUUCAUUGCGGGUACGUCGUGUUGCUUUCACAGUGACGCCGACGUUAACAAUAUGGCUUCCGAAAUCGCGGUGGUAAACAUUGGAAACUUUGAAAAAAUACAGAACUUUUUAAAUGACACCGCUUAUAAGGAAAUUCUUGAGAAUAGCGAGAACUUUAACACGCGGCUCUGCAUCGAGCGACGGCUGCGAAUGCCAUUCCUCGACCCCCAGACAGGCGUCGCACAGACGCACUGCGCGCUCUUUAUGAAACGAAAGCAGCGUAUGCCCGGCUUCCGACAUGGCCAAAUAUACACGUAUCCUUCUGCCCGCUGGCGCAAACCGAAACGACAAUAUUUACUUAAUCCACAUCACAGCUACCGCGCCUACCAAUACCGGGAGCAUCAUCUCUCCCACCAGCAUCAGCACCAUCAUGUACCGACCUCUGGUCCUGGAACGGUCAGCGCACGUGAUCAUCAUCAGGCCGAAAGUGCAGCUAUUGUGGCCACAGAUGGCAAUUCAAUGGGCGCUUCGGGGGACAAUGACAGCAAGGAUUCUCAUGCUAAUGCCGAGAAGGAUUGGUUCCAUGAGGACAUGGACUCGUCGCAUUAUCAUCAUGCCGAUGACUACGAGGACGACUUUGACUCCGACAACGAUUUCGACGAGUCCUACAGUAGUAGAGGAAAACGCAAGCGCGGCUCACGACCCCGGCGUUCAAAUGCAACUGUGGAUGGUACUCCGAAACGGGGACGUAAGGGUGGCGGCAAUCGUCGUCGAAAUGCACCUGAAGGCGAUACUCCGGAUCGAAGAAGGCGCGCCGCUGGCAAUAAUGCCAACACUUCUGCUGCAGCUGCAGCAGCUGCUGCGGCUGUUGCACACGCCGCAAGCACUGCGGCCGCAGCAGCAGCUACGGGCCUUUACGCAACGCACUCUAACUCAGCAUCACCCAUUCCCAUUAUCGAUGAAACCUCACAAUCGGCUCUGGUCAUGACGGCAACGCUUGCUACAUCAUACGAUAAGUCUGCACUGAAUGAUGCAGGUGCUUCAAAUGAUUCAAUCCCUUUGGCCACAAUGGCUAACAUGAGCAUGUCGACAACACCAACUGCUAAUCCAACUGUAUUCACAACUGUAACUGCGCCGCCAGCUAAUCCAUUGGCAAGUCCCAAAAAGAACAAGUUAAGGGCGGAGCGUGAAGUUGCGCAACCUUCCCCGUACUGCGACUUCUGUUUGGGCGAUCAGCGUGAAAACAAGAAAACCAACAUGCCCGAAGAGCUAGUAUCUUGCUCCGACUGCGGCCGCUCUGGCCAUCCAUCGUGUCUACAGUUUACGCCCAACAUGAUAAUAUCGGUUAAGCGCUACCGCUGGCAGUGCAUCGAAUGUAAAUAUUGUUCUAUUUGUGGCACCUCCGAUAACGACGACCAGCUGCUUUUCUGCGACGACUGUGAUCGCGGUUACCAUAUGUAUUGUUUGUCGCCACCAUUGGUAACGCCGCCCGAGGGCUCCUGGAGCUGUAAACUCUGUAUGGAGGAGUUUCACAAGCACAAGUAAAAUUAAAUUUCUAAUUUAAGGCGUCGGUACAGAUGUAAAUUUAAUUUGUGUUUCCACUUACAUGCAGCUUUUGAAAUUACGUAUCUAUAAUUUUAUUUUGAUUUUAAGUAUGCUUUAGUAAGUUUUUAAUCUUAUGUAACUAUUUAAUUUAAUUUCGUAUUCGUAACUACGCUUAUAUGGACCGCCCCAAGUAUUCUAAGUAUUCCCAGCCUUCCAAGCAAAAUGAAUGUAACAUUUUCAUCAAACAAGGUCGUUAAGCAUUUUAAUCCUUAUCGUAUCAUUUAUUUACACUUUUUUAUGUAAAUCUUACGAAAUAAUCUACGAAAUUAUAAUUACCCUUAUACCAAUAAAUACUGCAUGCCUUUUGCAUA